GCCGGGGGUUGAGGAAGGCGCGGUGAGAGGGGAGUCCGCAUGGCGCGGCGCUCUGGGCUGAGUGACGGGGCGAGUGACGGGGCGAGCGAGGGGGUGAGCGAGGGGGUGCGGGAGCUGAGCGAGGGGAGCGAGGAGUCGAAGUUCCAGGACGCGGCGGGGAUUCUUCUCGCGUAUGCGGACAACGUGCUGCGGAACCCCGAGGAGAGAAGGUUUCGCUCAAUCCGCCUGGCGAACCCGGCCUUCAGCUCCCGCCUGCUGCCCGUGCCGGGGGCCGUGCAGUGCCUCUUUGAGAUGGGCUUCGCCGAGGACGAAACGCAGCUGGUGCUACCCGCAGACGCCUCGCUGGACACCCUGAGGAAAGUGCGCGACCAGAUUGAGUUCGAGCGGAACAGGCGGCUGGGACGGCUGCCCCUUCAGCCGUCCGCCCAACCGCCCAGUCAGCCACUCGCCCAGUCGCAUGCCGCCGCUGUCACGGACACCACGGCAGCAGGGGGCCCCCAGCGACACGUCAGCCCUGAAAUGCGAGAUUCGGAAAGGCAGAUGCUGGAGACGUUGCGCUCGUCCUUCUCCCACGUGCUGCUCUAUGAGCUCGCGGACGUGCAGGCCCAGGCCAGGGCCUGCAUCCCGGUGGAGGAGCUCCACAAGAGAGCACUGGAGAAACUGCAGGCGGUGGAGGAUACACCCCAGACAGAGUCGCAGGAGGGCGCCCUGCGCGACCUGCUGCUGCUGGAGCUGCAGGCCUGGUUCAAGACCUGGUUCUCCUGGGUCGACUCCCUGCCGUGCGAGCGCUGCCAUGGCCCCACAACGGCCCGGGGUCAAGGUCUGCCCCCUACAGCCGAUGACCUGCAGGGGGCAGCAGGUCGCGUGGAGGCCCACUGGUGCGGCUCCUGCCAGCACGCCACGCGCUUCCCACGGUAUAAUCACCCCGCGCGGUUGCUGGUGACGCGACGCGGCCGCUGCGGCGAGUGGGCCAACUGCUUUACGCUCUGCUGCCGGGCCCUGGGCUUUGAGGCGCGAUAUGUCCUGGACCUCACCGACCACGUGUGGACGGAGGUUUACUCGGAGAGUCAGGCACGCUGGCUGCACUGCGACCCCGGUGAGGGCUUCGACAAGCCGCUGCUCUACGAGCUCGGCUGGGGCAAGAAGCUGAACUACGUCUUCGCCUUCUCCAAGGACGAGCUGGUGGACGUGAGUUGGCGCUACUCUUGCCGGCACACCGACAUGCUAUCCCGCCGCACGAGGUGCCGGGAGGGCUGGCUUCGCUCCACGAUCGCCCGGCUCAACCACACGAGGCAGCAAGCGAUCGAUGUCGCACGGCGGACGCAGCUGCUGCAGCGCUGCGUCGUGGAGCUCGUCGAGUUCCUCUCUCCCCGGGAGCCUCAGGAGGGCGCGGUCAAGUACGGGGGCCGGCAGACGGGCUCCGUGGCGUGGCGCACCGCCCGCGGGGAACUGGGGCUGUCGUGCCAGCCGAGGGCCCACGGAGCGGUGUUCUCUCCCACGGAGAGCGAGCGCGCGUCCAGGCGCUUGCACAUACGCUACAGCACAGCACGCGACGCGUACGUGCGUGCCUGCGAUGCGGGGAGCGAGCUGGCGGGCUGGGAGAGCGCUGUGCACGCAGCGAGCAGCCUCCAGCGCAAAGUCGAGACCGACUGGAACAUGGUGUACCUGGCGCGGACGGAGGGCAGCAAUGGGGCACGGGUGUCGUGGCGCUUUGACCUGGCAGGCAGCGGCAUGGAGGCCGGCGAGGUCUCUGUUGCUGUGAGCAGCACAACUUUCCACGGCGCCAUCGUUACGUGGGAGAUUGGCACGGAAGGCGCCGCCUGGAUCACCCUGCAGGGUGACGGAGUGGCGCACGGAGUGGAGGCGCUGCGCAGCGCCACCGCCUUCACUCUGCGCGCCGAGCUGGCGGGCGGUGCUGGCGACGAGGCGUGGCAGCACUCGCAGCUCUUCCGCCAGCCCCUGGCCGCGCACGACGAGUUCCCGCUCGAUGUCAUCAUUCACCUCAUUCCCAGAGACGGCGACGAGAAGACAAGAUGCGACGCGCACGCACCGGACGUACGCGGAGACUCACACGGGCAGGUGACGGAUGCAGACGAACGUGAUGAACACGACAAGAAGGACACAGAUGGUGAACACAAAGAUUAAUGCUUUAAUACAGACGUACGGGAUAAACACAAAUGUGAACGUGUACUUGACAGACACACUGGGCGAACACAAAGGUGCAUAGGUUACGUGACGUGUACAACGACACAGACGCACACAACGAUACAGACACGCACACGCACAGACAUGAUGACGACCCCAAACCCCUCUGGUGACCCUGGUGUAGACACCGACCUCGCUCUGCCCACCGCAUCCUCACCCGUCACUCAACAAUGCAAUCUGUCCCACUGAGCGACGGCCUUCAACGCUUCUGAUCCACAUGCCUAGACGAGGCUGACAGCGUCGUACGUGCAACGUGGUGGUCGCCCGACGUGCAUCCGAGGCAUGAUGGGAGUCGUGCCUUCCCGUUGUUUGCGAGCGGCCCUUCGCGUAUUGUUUGGUAAACGCUAGGAGCUGCGGCGUCCCUCGUGGAUGCACCACGGAGGCUCGCUGGAGCAGACUGGGCUUGGUGCCGUUUUUGCAUCGCUAUGAUUUAUGAGCUCGUUGCAAUGAUACAGUGGAAUGGGCGGUUUUUAGGAUGCAUGUAGAGACUUGAAUACUCUUCACUAUACAUUUAUAUUGAAAUAAAUUGCAAUGUUACUGAA